CCCCGGGCAGCCCCCGCCCCCCUCCGCGCGCCCCCCGGCCCCGCCGGCUCGGAGGAGGGGGCAGGCCGUCGUGUUUCCCCGCACCCCUCCCAGCCGCCGCCGGCUUUGGGGCCCCGGUGGGGAGCAGGGGGCUGAUUAGCCGAGGAGCAGGGGUGUGGCCAGCGGGGCCCCGGGUAGUGAGUCACACACGCAGCUCGCCCAGUCCCGGGCCGCGAGCGCGGUCCCAGUCCGAGCCGCGCGCCGCCCUGGCCCGAAGAGUGUCCCCGGGCUUGGCAUGAGGAUCCCGGGGUGCCGAGGGAGGGGCUGAAGCCCGGCGCGGUGGUGGAGGAGGGCGGACAGAAUGACUGACAACAUGAAGGAGUGCCUGGCCCAGACCAAGGCGGCUGUGGGGGAUAUGGUGACCGUGGUGAAGACCGAGGUCUGCUCCCCACUCCGAGACCAGGAGUAUGGCCAGCCCUGCUCUAGGAGACCAGACCCCUCACCCAUGGAAGUGGAGCCCAAGAAACUGAAGGGGAAGCGUGAGCUCAUCAUGCCCAAAAGCUUCCAGCAAGUGGACUUCUGGUUCUGCGAGUCCUGCCAGGAGUACUUUGUGGAUGAGUGCCCGAACCACGGUCCCCCAGUGUUUGUGUCCGACACGCCAGUGCCCGUGGGCAUCCCAGACAGGGCUGCCCUCACCAUCCCGCAGGGCAUGGAGGUGGUCAAGGAAGCCAGUGGGGAGAAUGACGUGCGAUGCAUAAAUGAGGUCAUCCCCAAGGGCCACAUCUUCGGCCCCUAUGAGGGGCAGAUCUCCACCCAGGACAAAUCAGCUGGCUUCUUCUCCUGGCUGAUUGUGGACAAGAAUAACCGCUACAAGUCUAUAGAUGGGUCAGACGAGACUAAAGCCAACUGGAUGAGGUACGUGGUCAUCUCCCGGGAGGAGAGGGAGCAGAACCUGCUGGCCUUCCAGCACAGCGAGCGCAUCUACUUCCGAGCGUGCCGGGACAUCCGGCCUGGGGAACGGCUCCGGGUCUGGUACAGCGAGGACUACAUGAGGCGUCUACACAGCAUGUCCCAGGAAACCAUCCACCGCAAUCUGGCCAGAGGAGAGAAGAGGUUGCAGAGGGAGAAGUCUGAGCAGGCUCUGGAUAACCCAGAAGACCUGAGGGGUCCCAUUCAGCUCCCCGUGUUGAGACAGGGCAAAAGUCCAUACAAGCGUGGCUUUGACGAGGGGGACGCACACCCCCAGGCCAAGAAGAAGAAGAUUGACCUCAUUUUCAAGGAUGUGUUGGAGGCUUCACUGGAGUCUGCAAAGGCGGAAGCUCGUCAGUUGGCUUUGAGCACCUCGCUGGUCAUCAGGAAGGUCCCCAAGUACCAGGAUGAUGCCUACAGUCGGUGUGCAAUGAGCGUGUCCCAUGGCGUGCAGAAUGUCAGCCGGACCCCGGGGGAAGGGGACUGGAAGAUCCCGCAGGGGGCUUCCAAGGAGCCAGGCCCGUUGGAGGAUGAAGAGGAGGAGCCUUCGUCCUUCAAAGCCGACAGUCCCGCAGAGGCCUCCCUUGCAUCCGACCCUCACGAGCUUCCCACCACCUCCUUUUGCCCUAACUGUAUCCGCCUAAAGAAGAAGGUCCGGGAACUCCAGGCCGAACUAGACAUGCUUAAGUCCGGGAAGCUUCCCGAGCCCCCCGUAUUGCCAACACAGGUACUGGAGCUCCCAGAGUUCUCGGACCCUGCAGCCUCGGAGAGCCUGGUCUCCGGCCCCGCCCUCAUGGAGGACGACGACCAGGAGGUCGAUUCUGCCGACGAGUCCGUGUCCAACGACAUGAUGACCGCCGCCGAUGAGCCCUCCAAGCUGUCCUCCGCCAGCGGGCGCCGCAUCCGCCGCUUCAAGCAGGAGUGGCUGAAGAAGUUCUGGUUCCUGCGGUACUCCCCGACCCUCAACGAGAUGUGGUGCCACGUAUGCCGCCAGUACACCGUGCAGUCGUCCCGCACGUCGGCCUUCAUCAUCGGCUCCAAGCAGUUCAAGAUCCACACCAUCAAGCUGCACAGCCAGAGCAAUCUGCACAAGAAGUGUCUGCAGCUGUACAAGCUGCGGAUGCACCCCGAGAAGACGGAGGAGAUGUGCCGCAACAUGACCCUGCUCUUCAACACCGCCUACCACCUGGCGCUCGAGGGCCGGCCCUACCUGGACUUCCGGCCGCUGGCCGAGCUCCUGCGCAAGUGCGAGCUCAAGGUGGUGGACCAGUACAUGAACGAGGGCGACUGCCAGAUCCUCAUUCACCACAUCGCGCGCGCGCUGCGCGAGGACCUGGUGGAGCGCGUCCGCCAGUCGCCCUGCCUCAGCAUCAUCCUGGACGGGCAGAGCGACGACCUGCUGGCCGACACGGUGGCCGUCUACGUCCAGUACACCAGCAGCGACGGCCCCCCGGCCACCGAGUUCCUGUCCCUGCAGGAGCUGGGCUUCUCCAGCACCGAGAGCUACCUGCAGGCGCUCGACCGGGCCUUCUCGGCCCUGGGCAUCCGGCUGCAGGACGAGAAGCCCACCGUGGGCCUGGGCAUCGACGGGGCCAACGUCACGGCCAGCCUGCGCGCCAGCAUGUUCAUGACCAUCCGCAAGACGCUGCCCUGGCUGCUGUGCCUGCCCUUCAUGGUGCACCGGCCCCACCUGGAGAUCCUGGACGCCAUCAGCGGCAAGGAGCUGCCCUGCCUGGAGGAGCUGGAGAACAACUUGAAGCAGUUGCUGAGUUUCUACCGCUACUCGCCGCGCCUCAUGGGCGAGCUGCGGUCCACGGCGUCCACCCUGUGCGAGGAGACGGAGUUCCUGGGGGACAUCCGUGCCGUGAGGUGGAUCAUCGGGGAGCAGAACGUCCUCAACGCCCUCAUUAAAGACUACCUGGAGGUGGUGGCCCACCUCAAGGACGUCAGCAGCCAGACGCAGCGGGCGGACGCGUCGGCCAUCGCGCUGGCCCUGCUUCAGUUCCUCAUGGACUACCAGUCCAUCAAGCUCAUCUACUUCCUCCUGGACGUGAUCGCCGUGCUCUCGCGCCUGGCCUACGUCUUCCAGGGCGAGUACCUCCUGGUGUCGCAGGUGGACGACAAGAUCGAGGAGGCCAUCCAGGAGGUCAGCCGUCUGGCCGACUCCCCCGGCGAGUACCUGCAGGAGUUCGAGGAGAACUUCCGAGAGAGCUUCAACGGGAUCGCCAUGAAGAACCUCAGGGUGGCCGAGGCCAAGUUCCAGUCCGUCAGGGAGAAGAUCUGCCAGAAGACCCAGGUGAUCCUGGCUCAGAGGUUUGAUUCCCGCAGCCGGAUCUUCGUGAAGGCCUGCCAGGUGUUCGACCUGGCCGCCUGGCCCAGGAACAGCGAGGAGCUCCUGAGCUACGGCAAGGAGGACAUGGUGCAGAUAUUCGAUCACCUGGAGGCCAUCCCGACCUUCUCCCGGGACGUCUGCAGGGAGGGGCUGGACCCCCGGGGCAGCCUCCUGAUGGAGUGGCGGGAGCUCAAGGCGGAUUACUAUACCAAAAAUGGCUUCAAAGACCUGAUCGGCCACAUCUGCAAGUACAAACAGCGCUUCCCGCUCUUGAACAAGAUCAUCCAGGUCCUCAAAGUCCUCCCCACGUCCACUGCCUGCUGCGAGAAAGGCCGCAACGCCCUGCAGCGAGUCCGCAAAAACCACCGCUCCCGCCUGACCCUGGAGCAGCUCAGCGACCUGCUGACCAUCGCUGUGAACGGCCCGCCGAUCGCCAACUUCGACGCCAAGCGAGCCCUGGACAGCUGGUUCGAGGAGAAGUCCGGCAACAGUUACGCGCUGUCCGCCGAGGUCCUCAGCAGGAUGUCGGUGCUGGAGCAGAAGCCCGUGCUACAGACUGUGGACCACGGGUCCGAGUUUUACCCGGACAUCUAGGGGGCCGGCGACCCAGAGUUCACUAAGCUGUUGAAUAUUUUUUUAAUCUAUACUCAUAAGCUUUGAUAUAUUAUAUAAAUAUAUAUAUUACAUUA